CUCACCCAGCAACCUGAAGACAAAGGCUUUUAAAUAAUGUAUUGGCUUUGCGAGAACGUGACAAACACAAUUGGUCCGUUUGGUGACAAAGUGUACAAAGUGCUUUGUCAUGCAUUCAGACGCAAAUUGACGUCACGCCUUGAGAAGGACUUGCAUUGUUUAACUUCCGAAUUUUGAAUACCUACCCGUAUAGCAUCGCUAUAAAAUACGGAGUGUAAUGCCAAAGUAGUUCAAAUCACCUCGAAGACUCGAGAAGACAGAAUCAAGAGAUCAUCCUGACAAGGAAUCGAGAAGACUCAGAAAACAUGGCUUUGCAGUUUACAACAACCAUGGACAACUCCAAAAAACUCAAGAGCCCUCAGAAAGCUCCUCGUGUGCUGAUUAUUGGCGGCGGAGUGGUUGGAAUGACCAGUGCCUUACAGUUGCUGAAUAAAGGGUAUAAAGUCACUGUUGUAGCAAAAGAGUACGCUUCACCAGUCGCCUCUGGUAAACGCAUCACCUCCGAGAUCGCCGGCGCUCUGUGGGAAUGGCCUCCGGCAGUGUGUGGACGACACACAGACGAGAAGUCACUGGAGAGGUCCAAGGUUUGGUGCAUGGACAGCUAUGGCAAGUUCAUGGAGUUGGCCAUGAAUCCAAAGGAAACUGGAGCCUACCUGAGACAAUCUGUCUUCUACUUCAAGGAAAAGGUCAAAGAUCUUCCCACACAGUUGGAAAAGAUGGACGAACUAUGUCACUUGCCAGGAUUCCGCCAUGACGCCAAACUCAUUGAAGAAACUGCUGUGAACACAGACACGGGUGUAGUGGACGCGUACCAACACAUGGCUCCUAUGGUGGACACAGUUACCUACAUGCAGUGGCUUUACAAACAGUGUCGUGACAAGGGCUGUCGCUUUGUACACGAUGAAAUUCACGGACUGUUGAGAGAUCAGGCAGAAGACUUGAAAAGGAAAUACAAAGCUCAGCUGAUCAUCAAUUGCUCUGGACUAAGCGCCAAAGAACUGGCAGGAGAUGACAAUGUCUAUCCUCUGAGAGGUGUAAUUGUGAAAGUCAAAAACGAUGGAAGUUUGAUGCCUAAGCUCAACCACUCCAUGUGCAUCUCUCUGAUCGAAGACAUUGACGAGUCUAAAUCAGAAGGCCAAAGCUUUGUGUUUAUCUUACCAAGAGGUGACGACAAACUUUGGCUUGGUGGCAUGGUACAACCCAACCAAUGGGACAGAAAUCUCACGCUCGAUUAUCCANGGUGUGACUUUCUCGUGGGGUUGUGCUAA